AUUUGAAUAAUUAUCGAGGCAUGUGAACCAAUGGGAUGGUCUCCAGCUCCUUCCUAUGUAACCUUGUGUAACUGACACGUUGGCAACUUGGGCAUAAUCAGUGACUUGAAUUCAUUUGUUAACCUUCUAUUUUACACAUCGCAAGAAACCAACGUGCUUUAAAGUCUACUAGUUGUCGCGACGGGUGUCGACUAGAUCACAUUAUCAUCUACCUGGUAUACCUGCGGACAAAAAAAAAAGUGACGGAACAAAAUGUGGUCCAAAGAGAUGCUUGCCGUCGCCUGUCUGCUGCUUGCCGCCAUUUGCAAGGCUAAUGCUCAAUGCAGCUUCGACGUUGUUUUCCUCGCUGACUCGUCCUCAAGCGUGCGCCCGCACGGAACGACUGCUGCAAAUAUUUACAUCCGGGACGCCAUCGACUGCCUGACUAUGUAUAAUGUGUACGAUGUCGGGGUUGGAGUUACCCACUUCACCUGCACAUCGACAGAGCAUAUACCCCUGGGUCACUACACCCUGGGCGAUCCUGAGCUGACUGCUGCGGUGGGGAACAUCGCGCACACCGGAGGCCUGAGCCGGAUUGGACUGGCCAUUCGCAAGAUGAAGGAUACGACUAGUUUCCGCAGUGGAGUCCCCAGGGUAGCUGUGGUCCUGACGGAUGGAGUUGGACAAGGUGACGCCAACGAGCGCGUGGAUGACUAUGCCGAGCAAGCCGAAGAGGCACGGGAGGCGGGGAUCACCCUGUACGCAGUAGCUACAGGAAUGUACGCGUUCCUAGACACUGCCGCACUGGAUACCAUCGCCGGAGAUCCGAGUCGGCUGCACACCACACAUUUUGGGGGCAACGGCUGCGGCCUCGCCGCCAAGCUGGUGGAAGAUAUCUGUGAAACUGGUUGAGGAACUCAACUAAUUCCAACAUGAAAAAGCGGACCGGGGACCCAGAUGGCGAAAGCUGUUACGGAAUGAUUGCUACGAAAUACAAUAAAUGUAGAAUAAACAGUAGCAUAUGAAAUACACGUGAGUUAUCAAUAAAUAAGUUCUCGGCCUCACUGCCCUCAUCACUCAGACAUAAGAUGAAAAACUCCUAUUUUGAGGCAUCAUUAUGUAGCUUUGAAAGAAGAAAUAAAUAGAAGUAAGAACAC